CCGGCGGAAGCCUAGAGAGGCCGAUACGAGACUGGAAGGGACCCGAUGCUUCCGCCCUGCGGAGAAGCAAGAUGGCUACGACUAGGGGCGGCUCUGGGCCUGACCCAGGAAGUCGGGGUCUUCUUCUCCUUCUGUCUUUUUCCAUGACACUGGCAGGAUUGUGUCGGGGAAACUCAGUGGAGAGGAAAAUCUACAUCCCCUUAAAUAAAACAGCUCCUUGUGUCCGCCUGCUCAAUGCUACUCAUCAGAUUGGCUGCCAGUCUUCAAUUAGUGGGGAUACAGGAGUUAUCCAUGUAGUGGAGAAAGAAGAGGACCUGCAGUGGGUGUUGACGGAUGGCCCCAACCCCCCGUAUGUGGUUCUUCUGGAGGGCAGGCUCUUUAUCAGGGAUGUAAUGGAAAAGCUGAAGGGGAAAACCAACAGAAUUGCUGGUCUUGCAGUGACUCUAGCCAAGCCCAAUUCGACUUCAAGCUUCUCUCCUAGUGUGCAGUGCCCAAAUGAUGGGUUUGGUGUUUACUCCAACUCCUAUGGCUCAGAGUUUGCUCACUGCAAACAGACACUGUGGAAUGAACUGGGCAAUGGCUUGGCUUAUGAAGACUUCAGUUUUCCCAUCUUUCUUCUUGAAGAUGAGAACGAAACCAAGGUCAUCAAGCAGUGCUAUCAAGAUCACAACCUGGGUCAGAAUGGCUCUGCACCAAAUUUCCCACUGUGUGCUAUGCAGCUCUUCUCACACAUGCACGCCGUCAUCAGCACCGCUACCUGCAUGCGGCGCAGCUUAAUCCAGAGCACCUUCAGCAUCAACCCAGAAAUCGUCUGUGACCCCUUAUCUGACUACAACGUAUGGAGCAUGCUUAAGCCUAUAAAUACAUCUGGGGCAUUAGAACCUGAUGACAGGGUUGUGGUUGCUGCCACCCGGCUGGAUAGCCGGUCCUUUUUCUGGAAUGUAGCCCCAGGGGCAGAAAGUGCUGUAGCCUCCUUUGUCACUCAGCUGGCUGCAGCUGAAGCUUUGCACAAGGCACCUGACGUGACUGCCCUACCCCGCAAUGUGAUGUUUGUCUUCUUCCAGGGGGAAACUUUUGACUACAUUGGCAGCUCAAGGAUGGUCUAUGACAUGGAGAACGGCAAGUUUCCCGUGCGGCUCGAGAAUAUUGACUCAUUUGUGGAGCUGGGACAGGUGGCCUUAAGAACUUCCCUAGAUCUCUGGAUGCACACAGAUCCCAUGUCUCAGAAGAACGACUCUGUGAAGAACCAGGUGGAGGACCUCCUGGCCACUCUGGAGAAGAGUGGUGCUGGUGUCCCGGAAGUUGUCCUCAGGAGACAGAAUCAGACCCAGGCCCUUCCACCAUCAUCUCUACAACGAUUUCUUCGGGCUCGAAACAUCUCGGGUGUGGUUCUGGCCGACCACUCUGGUUCCUUCCAUAACCGGUAUUACCAGAGCAUUUACGACACUGCUGAGAAGAUUAACGUGACCUAUCCAGAGUGGCAGAGCCCAGAAGAGGAUCUGAACUUUGUGACAGAUACUGCCAAGGCACUGGCGAGCGUGGCCACAGUGCUGGCUCGCGCAUUGUAUGAGCUUGCAGGAGGAACCAACUUCAAUGACUCCAUUCAGGCUGAUCCCCAAACAGUUACACGUCUGCUCUAUGGGUUCCUGGUUAGAGCCAACAACUCGUGGUUCCAGUCUAUCCUCAGACAGGACCUAAGGUCCUAUUUGGAUGAUGGGCCUCUUCAACACUACAUCGCUGUCUCCAGCCCUACCAACACGACUUACGUUGUGCAGUAUGCCUUAGCAAAUCUGACAGGCAAGGUGACCGACCUCACCCGAGAGCAGUGCCAGGAUCCAAGUAAAGUCCCAAACGAAAGCAAGGAUCUGUAUGAAUACUCGUGGGUACAAGGCCCUUGGAAUUCCAACAAGACUGAGCGGCUCCCCCGGUGUGUGCGCUCCACAGUACGACUGGCCAGGGCCUUGUCCCCUGCCUUUGAACUAAGUCAGUGGGGCUCCACAGAAUAUUCUACAUGGGCCGAGAGCCGCUGGAAAGACAUCCAAGCUCGGAUAUUCCUGAUUGCCAGCAAAGAACUUGAGUUCAUCACCUUGAUCGUGGGCUUCGGCAUCCUCGUCUUCUCGCUCAUCGUCACUUACUGCAUCAAUGCCAAAGCCGAUGUCCUUUUCGUUGCUCCCCGAGAGCCAGGGUCCGUGUCUUACUGAGGAAGACUCCAGCCCCGAGAACCAGGGUCCGUGUCUCACUGAGGAAGACUCCAGCUCUCCCUACAGCUUUGGACUUCAUUUCCUCGUCAGUUGUCCCACUGGGAACAAACCACUAAUUUACCCCUGGACUGGCUCUGGGUCUGUCCUACACUGGGAUUGACACACAGAAUGGAACUGUGAGUGGAGAGAGGGAGAGAUGGACAAGUUGCCUCCCCUUUCCCGCUCUCCUUUCCUGUUUGCUCCCCCUUCUCUAAUACCAGGGAUUAUGAUAGAAACUUCCUUCUGCUUAACUCACCAGUCACCCACCCUCGUCUGCCCUUUUCUUGGGAUACCUCCUGUCUUUCCAUCCUGCUCUAUACCUCUCUCUGAUCCUAGUGUUACCCUAUCCCCACCCCUGUACCCAACCACCUGCUGGACAAGGAAGAAGGAUGUGAAGGAUUGAGCAUCAAAUUCAAACUGCCCUAGCCCUUGGGGAGAAGAGUGGUUCUCUGGCUGAGCCCCUGUGUCUUUCUCACAGUCCUUUCUCCAGGCCCCCAGAUGACAUGUUGGGGAGCACGCCGUACCUCUCGCCCACAGUGCUCAGUUGUACUUUUUAUUAUUAAACUGUAAUACCUAUUUUUGUUGGGUUUUUUCCUUUUUGUAAAUAUAUAAAUAGCAAAUUUCAUUAAAAUUAUCCCAUACAAUUUA